UACUUAUUAUCAGAUUUUUCCAUAUCCUUUUUUCUUACUUAUGGCUUCUUCACAUUUGCAAUGGCUUGUUAUUAAGAAUGAUUCUUGUUUUCUUAUGAAAUCAAGAAAUUGUAGGAAAGCUUUUAGCAAAGAAUCAAGAAAUUUAAAAAAUAUGAACUUAUAUAAAUAUAAUGGCUUGAUUCAUAAACGAACAGUUGGUGUAACACCAGCGGCCGAUGGCAAAGGGGUAGUUUUAGAAUUGUCCAAACCUAAAGUGAUUAGAAGACCUGUCAAGAGAUUCUAUAAAGUUACUCUCAAAAAAGAUAAUAGAAGAAUUUUAAAGUCAAUUUAUAACAAUAUGAAAGGAAGAUAUCAUUACAAUUUAAAUUUAUGUGCACAAAAGAGAGCUUCUGCCAUAUUAAAAAGUCAAAAAUAUAAUUCAAAUCAGUUUUUGAAAAAGAAAAUUAUAAUGACAUAGUUUAAUUUAAUAUUUAUUAAAAAUGUUCAAAAUUUUAUAUCAUAUUCUUUUCUAAAUAAUAUAGAGAUUUAUUGUCAUUUAUGAAACAGCUCUUAUACUCCCCUUGAGCUUUUGAACCAAAAUAACCAUUUAGAGCACUUUUAUACUUUCUACUGAAUUUUCACAAUUAUUAUAUUAUUUUUUGGGUUAAUUUUUAUACUUUCUAAGCGAUUUAUACUAGAAAACAAUUGCUACAUAUAAUUGAAAUUUAAGUUAAAGGUUACAAUAUUUUAUUGGUAGAUUUAAAAUUAAUUUUUACCAUUAGCUUGCAUAAAUUUGUAUAGUAUACAUAUAAAACAUGUUAAAAAAAUUUAUGGGUUAUACUAGGACAAAAAAUUUUUGUGUGAAUUGGGUAACUAGACAUUCUCUUUUGAAAUGACUAAAAAUAU